CCAAUUGGAGAACAAGAAAGUAGCAUUAAUGUAGACUGAGAGACAAAACCCAGUCCUCUCCAUAAGUUAUCUUAUAUUAUGAAGGGGUCUUCCUGAAAGAUGAUACUUUUAUUUGAAUUCUUCCUGCAUGUUGUGUGUCUGUUUUUCUCAGGUUGCUUCAGUAAAGAUCAGGUUUAUCUGGAUGGGAUCCUUCGUAUCCUUAGGCAUCGAAGGAAUAUUGACUUCAAGAUGUUGACUUCUUUAGGCAAGGUCAGUGUCGUCAGCUUCAAAUAAUAAGAGCCUUUGUUCCUAAUACAACGAUUACUAUAUGGCAGGUAAGUAAGGAACCCAUGGUUUCAUUUGAGAGGAGGUGUUUCUAAAGUCUCUUGUGGUUACAGGCAUUACAAGCUUAGAGAUAACAACACUGACGGACCCAAUGGGUGGAGCAAAUAAAGGUGUGGCUAUACCUGCAGGUAAAAUAGGUCGCAGUGCCAUGGUUACAUGAUAGACCCAGGGGCUGGCUAGACAACUGGAGUGUCUCCCUCAGUUACAGAGAUGGCAGGAUCCGGACUUAAUGUUUGGAGAUCUCAUUUGUAUGUCCUUUACCACUCCUGUUUGUCGUAACAGGUAUGAGUUACACUUAUCUGUAACUAAAUGCCUCAAAAAGUCAAGCCAUGAAUUUUUCAGCGUGAUGUUUCUUCUACUACUAAUCUAAAAAAGGACGGCGGGAGUAUCAUCAUGCUGGAAAAUGACUUUGCUGACAGAGAACCGAGCCAGGUAAUGAUGUUGGGAAAGUGGAGAAGGUGUUUUUCACGGCGCCACUGCCUCUUCUUCGUCCUGGUGCUCACAGCAGUUUUGUUUUUCUACUGCACAGACAUAAAAGAAAUGACGACUGGCUGGAACCCAACAAAAUGGUGGAUUCCAUGUAAAGAUCACAGACAAAAAGAACUGACUGGAUUCCAAACUCAGUCAGGCUUGACUGUCCUUCUUCAAACUGAAAAUAUCACAGCAACCAACAUGACCAACAGGACUGCCACCAAUACAAAAGAUUCAGUGGUGACUCGGCAGUUGGCACAAACUAUGCCACCAUCACCAGUUGCUUAUAAAUCUCCGGGCCUGUACUUAGUGGAAUACCCAUAUAAGUACAGCUUCAUCAUAAACGAGCCAAAGACAUGUGAGCAGCAGAAGCCCUUCCUGGUUCUGAUGGUUCCCGUGGCGCUCCACAACAGGGCGCAUCGGGACAUCAUCCGCAGCACUUGGGGAGAUGAAAGUCUGGUACUGGGCAAAGUGGUGAAGCUGUUCUUCCUGCUGGGGCUGCCAACCGGAGAGGGAGUUCAGCAGCUCCAGGAUCAGCUGCUGCAGGAGAGCCAAGUGCACCACGACCUGCUGCAGAGCGACUUCCUGGACUGCUACAAGAACCUGACCAUCAAGACCAUGGUGAUGCUGGAGUGGCUGGACUCCCACUGCUCCAUCACAUCAUACGCCAUGAAGAUUGACUCUGACAUGUUCCUGAAUGUGCCAAAACUCGUUCAUAUGUUGUCAAGUGCUCCAAAGACAAACUACAUGACCGGACUAGUGGCGAAGGGAGCAGCAGUUCUAAGAGAUCCACGAUCCAAGUGGUUCGUUCCUGUGGAGCUUUACUCUUCGCCAGAAUACCCACAUUACGCUUUGGGUCUGGGCUACGUUUUGUCUAUUGACCUCCCUAAAAAGCUUAUUUUGGCAUCCAGACAUGUGAAAGCUAUUUACAUUGAAGACGUGUAUUUGGGGUUGUGUAUGCAGUACUUGGGCAUCCCCCCAGCGGAUCCCCCAAACUGGGGAUAUUUCCAAGUUGAUCCUGUGUGGUACAGUCGCUGUGCUUACUCCAGGCUGAUAGCCACCACCACACAUGAUGACACUAAUCGUGUGAGGGAUUGGAAAGACUUUAAAAAACCAGGUCCAUACUGCUGAAAUGUUGAAAGAAAAGACAUGACAUUUAUUUGAAUUAUUAUGGGUAAUGAUUGCCAUUCUAUGUCCAGUAUAAAAAAAUACUGGAGGAAAAACAUCAAAAUGGGUUAAUAACCCUUAGUGGUUAACCCAAGUGGGUCUUUUUUGACCCGAUGAGGUGGUUUUAUUAGAGUAUCUUUGUAAUUACAUUUUUUUAUCAUUUAAUAUUCCAGCUAUUCCUCAAAAAACAUGUUUUGGAUAUCAUGCCAUUCAAAUUUUUUAUUUAAAUUGUAUACAUUUUAAGAAAUUGUAGUUUUUGUAUUACUACCCCAAGCUUCCAUAAGUGGGUCAAAAAUGACCCGCAUGCAUUUUCUAUGGAAUUUCGUUUUUUUUUUCAAAAUGUAAAAAAAAAUUAUAAAUAGUGAAAGUAUGAACCAAAAUAUAAUACUAAAUAUUAUACAAGUGAUUUUUCUUAACCAAAAGGACAACAAUUGCAUGAAAACACAUAUUAUUCUAAUACGGGUCCUUUUUGACCCACUUUUGGAAGAGUCACUCGUGCAUCCAAGGGUUAAACAUGUACACAUCAUGUAUACAUUUAUACUAAGGCAAGUCAUGGAGGACGACAUACCUCUCCGCCCUUAAUUGCAGGGCUGCUGAAUGAAGAUGAAGGAAAUAGACUUAUGUUUGCUAAAAGCAUAGUAAUCUGAUAUGUGAUAGGUAGUUUGCUUGAAGAAAUAAAGUUUGUUAGGCGUUUGGUUGUCACCAAAAACACCUUACAGCCUUGAAUACAUACUGUAACAUUGGUAGAGCCACAUCAAGGCUCUGUGCCAUCUGUUGUUUUUGUAUAAACCCUGAGAAAUGCUCCCCAGCACAAGACAUGUUGGGACACGUGACAGCAUUUAGGAAUACCCUGCAAUGUUGAUUAGCAGUGGAUAAAAUGCAGGCGGAAAAAUGUUCCUGUAAGGUUAUCUGACAGUUUCCUUAUCUGUUUAGUUUAGUUGGAGCUAUUAUUUUGGCUGCAGAAGUUUCAGAUUGUAGAAGAGUUCCUGGAGCAGGAGUGGAGCCAGACGUUGUAGAGAUUCGGGGGGGAAGGCCCACUCCAGGAUCUUUUUUUCUAAAGUUCUCUCAGUUUCUCAGUUCCACUCAUUUAUCACUGGACAAAUCUUCCUUAGCUGGCUAUAGAAGGCACUAGUUGAACUUUUUUGCCAAAUGUUUCCUGGUCAGGUUAAAGAAGAAUAAGGGAAAUUGCACAAAAGUGAAGGAACUAUGAGAAACUCAAAGGUUUGAGGCCUUUGAGAAAACAAUAGAAAUUGGAGCCCCAGAAACCGCCCCUGUUUGGCCUUUGUUCUGAAAUAACCCCACCUCUUUCUGAGAGGUGGGGUUAUGAGACUCAACAUUUUAUAUAAAGAUCAAUUGUAUUGCUUUAGCUUGGGACAUUGUUUCAACAUAUUGCACCACCACAUUUCCGCGCUUUAGUUUAUUCAGUCUGGCAAUGCGCGGGAAAAUUAAGUACAGACUAGUUUAAGUACAAUAGAAGUCUAGAAGGAAAUAAUGUUUGUUGCUAUAUUUUUGAAAUACGUAUGUGAAAGCACUCGACAAACUGGUCCCUGAAGGGGGACGUUUACAAACCAGGGCUGAGUGGAAGGGCAUGUUUAAGCAUGUCAACGGUUUAUAUUGUGAUGAAGUUCACAAGAAAAACAGGAAUGUGUCUUUCAACAAUUCUAGUUCUCCUUUCUGUGGCCUGUUUGAAUAGCACUGUGCAAAUAUAGCAUUGCACUACACCUUAGACAUGUUCCUAUGAGAAAUACAAUUACAUGAGUCGGAAAUUCAGUUUUUUAUGCAACUGGAUUUUCAAACUAAUGUGGGGCGUUUUAAUGCAAUUGAAUGCAACUGAUAUUGACUUUAUUAUUACUAAAUGGUUGAAAUGUAUGAAUUAAUAUAUGAGUACUUAUGCAUUAGUAAUAUAUAUAAAUGUCUUUUGCACUAUUAAUAUGAAGUUUUUAUAAUUUAGCUGGUUUUCAAUUAGUUAGGAGUUUGGUGUUUCUUACUUUUAUCAUUAUUCUUAUUGUCUAGGUCUAGUAGGUUCAGUCUUUGGUGGGUUGAAGACUUAAUCUGUCCUGUUGUACCUAAAGCACUUUUAAAUAUUGGUAAAGAGGGAGAUAUAUAUUUAUGAAGUUUAUGUUUUUAUUGGUAAGAUAAAGAAAGAAAGGUAGUCAUUUAGUCAUCCAGAAAGCCAUCCGCCACAAAGUGUUUUCAAAAUAAAACUGUAUAAUGUAAAAAUGGUCUCUACUGUUGACCACAUAUCUUCUGCUGCAAUGUGACCAGAGGUCCAAUCACUCAACAACCAUGAUAUUUAUUAUGUGUACGUAAUGAAUGAAUGCAGAUUUUCUAGAAUUCAGCAUACUCUGUGUACAGUUUAUAAUACUCUGGUGAAAUGUCACAAUUGUAUCAGGGAAGUACAAGGGUCUGUUUUACCUUUUCAGUUUUUACUCCUUGUUGUCAUGCAGAGACACCAUGUGGACCUUCUGUGAACUGCUACUGACUAAUAUGACACAUUUAAGACCUCAGUGUUUCAUUUUCUGUUCUUCGUGUGUGUGAAAUAAAUGGGUGAGAAAAUUGUUAUUUACUGAUAAAUACAACAUAAA